GCUUGUGCGCCACGUGACUGGUGCUCGAAACAUGGAGGAGCCGGAAACGGAUAGGAAGAGACCUCGAGAGGAGGAGGAUGACACAGCAGGGGGCCCGUCAGAGGAUGAGGACUAUGUGCCUUAUGUGCCUGUCAAGCAGAGAAAGCAGCAAAUGCUACAGAAGUUGCUGCAGAUGCGGCGGAAGGGAGCGACGGAGGAGGAGCAGAAAGACAGUGGCAGUGAGCCUCGAGGAGACGAAGAUGACAUUCCACUGGGCCCCCAGUCCAAUGUCAGCCUCCUGGACCAGCACCAGCACCUGAAGGAGAAGGCAGAAGCCCGGAAAGAGUCUGCCAAGGAGAAGCAACUGAAAGAGGAAGAGAAGAUCUUGGAAAGUGUGGCAGAGGGCCGAGCUCUCAUGUCGGUGAAAGAGAUGGCGAAAGGAAUCACCUAUGAUGAUCCCAUCAAAACCAGUUGGAAGGCCCCUCGAUACGUGCUGAGCAUGUCUGAAGCCCGGCAUGACCGUGUUCGUAAGAAGUAUCACAUCUUGGUGGAAGGAGAGGGGAUUCCGCCCCCCCUCAAGAGCUUCAAGGAAAUGAAGUUUCCUGCAGCCAUUCUGAGGGGCCUGAAGAAGAAGGGAAUCCACCACCCCACUCCUAUUCAGAUCCAGGGCAUCCCUACCAUCCUUUCUGGCCGUGACAUGAUCGGUAUUGCGUUCACUGGCUCUGGCAAGACAUUGGUGUUCACCCUGCCUGUCAUCAUGUUUUGCCUGGAACAGGAGAAAAGAUUACCAUUCUCCAAGAGGGAGGGGCCUUAUGGGCUCAUUAUCUGCCCUUCAAGAGAAUUGGCCCGUCAGACCCACGGCAUCUUGGAGUAUUACUGUCGGCUGCUACAGGAAGACAGCUCGCCCCCCUUGCGCUGUGCCCUCUGCAUUGGGGGCAUGUCAGUCAAGGAGCAGAUGGAAACCAUCCGGCAUGGGGUGCACAUGAUGGUGGCCACCCCUGGGCGUCUCAUGGACCUGCUGCAGAAGAAGAUGAUGAGUCUGGACAUCUGCCGCUACCUGGCCCUGGAUGAGGCUGACCGGAUGAUUGACAUGGGCUUUGAGGGGGACAUCCGAACCAUCUUCUCCUACUUCAAGGGCCAGCGACAGACACUGCUUUUCAGCGCUACCAUGCCCAAAAAGAUCCAAAACUUUGCUAAGAGUGCCCUGGUAAAGCCUGUCACCAUCAACGUGGGCCGGGCAGGCGCUGCUAGCCUGGACGUCAUCCAGGAGGUGGAGUAUGUGAAAGAAGAGGCCAAGAUGGUGUACCUGCUGGAGUGUCUGCAAAAGACGCCUCCACCAGUGCUGAUCUUUGCAGAGAAGAAGGCAGAUGUGGAUGCCAUCCAUGAAUACUUGCUUCUCAAGGGCGUGGAGGCUGUAGCCAUCCAUGGAGGCAAAGAUCAAGAAGAACGGACUAAGGCCAUUGAAGCAUUCCGGGAUGGCAAGAAAGACGUCUUAGUGGCCACCGAUGUGGCCUCUAAGGGCCUGGACUUUCCAGCCAUUCAGCACGUCAUCAACUACGAUAUGCCUGAGGAGAUUGAGAAUUACGUUCAUCGGAUUGGCAGGACAGGGCGCUCGGGGAACACUGGUAUAGCCACCACCUUUAUCAACAAGGCCUGUGAUGAGUCUGUACUCAUGGAUCUCAAAGCCCUCCUGCUUGAAGCCAAGCAGAAGGUGCCUCCUGUGCUGCAGGUCCUACACUGUGGGGACGAGUCUAUGCUGAUAAUUGGAGGAGAGAGAGGCUGCACCUUCUGUGGGGGUCUGGGCCAUCGCAUCACUGAUUGCCCUAAGCUGGAGGCCAUGCAAACCAAACAGGUCAGCAACAUUGGCCGCAAGGACUACCUGGCCCACAGCUCCAUGGACUUCUGAGCCCCCGCAGGACUAGAGCCAGGAGCACAGGUGCCAGCAGCCCUCCGGGAGAGGCCGCCUGGACUUUGUGCCUGAGCUGACCCUGCCCUGCCCCCAGAUGACUGCUGCUUCCACCUUUUCAUCUCCUUCUCCAGGGGUGCCACCUAUUAAAUCAGAAGUACUGAGCUCACACGUUUAUAAUGUUUAUAAUAGAAGGACUGUGAAGCACCUUUCUCAAAAUAACCCUAUGAAAAGGCAGUGGGAGGGAAGGAGUGUUAGCUCCAUUUUACAAAGAAACUCUGAGGCUUUGAUCCUCUCAGUUGGAGAUGUCAAAACUAGGAUUUGAACCCAGGUCUUCGGGCUCCAUACUGCAUCUCAACGUGGAAGAUGGUACUUUGUGUGCUCUGGCUCUGUCACUGCCAUUCACAGAAGGCCUCUCCUCUCUUUCCCCCACCCCUCACCCUUCAGCCUCACCUUUAUGCCCUGGACAAGCAGGCUGAGGCAAGUAUGGAUUUCAACGCUUGGACUAGGCUGUUGUGCAACCCUGUGCUGACUCCUCAUUCCUCUCCCCUAGAGGCUUCCUCUUGGUCAGGUCCAAAACUAGAGGGAGUAGAUGCACAUUUCUUAAGUUGUGGGGUGACCCCCUAUGUGGGUCUCUAACUGGGAUUCUGCUUACCUAUCUCCCAGCCUUCUGUUUCUUUUUCCUAAACUCUGCCCCCUCCCCCAGGACCAUAAUUAGUAGAUGGAACCAGCCUGGAAAAUUGUGAGGUGAGGGAAGGCAGGUUGGUUUCUGCUUUUAAGUGAUGUUUCCUGUCCAUUCUAUUAUAACUGUCUGCCUCCCAAAUCCUUCCAUAAAGUUGAUUGUAGAAGUGAGGGAUGAAAGUAUCAUGAGUCCCAAAAGAGGAGGGCCGGGUCCUGCUUGACACUCCCCUUUCUUGUAGGCUUCUAGGCCCAGUCUCUUGUUUAAAAUAAAUUUUUAUUGAUAGUUCUUGUUUUUAUUAUCACUUAAUUUUUCCCCUACGUUCUUCUGUUUCCACUUUCCCAAAUUCCCUUAUAACAAAGAAUUUUUAAAAAGAGAAAGAAAAAAAUCAAAAUUAAUCAGUGCACCAGAAAAGUCUGACAUCCUAAGCAGUGUCCCACAGCCAUGUUCUCUACCCCUAAAGGAGUUGGAGGGGGGCUUUUUAUCCUAUUUCUUUGUAAUAAUGAAAUACUCAUUUUGAGUGGUUCGUGACGAUGAUUCUUUCUGUCUGUGCUAAUGUAGUCUUUGUGUAUAUUGUUUUCCUGGCACCGUAAGGUCUCCACACGUCUCAUAGUACAGUCAUAUUCCAUUA